AUGGUCGAGGUCGUCCUCGGAGGGCGUAGCACGUGUUAUCACGUCUACAAAAGGCCUUAUGUAGAUUACUUCUUGAGAAAGGUGUCAGCUUGGUACACUCUGGUCAUCUUCACUGCCUCGAUGCAGGAGUACGCUGAUCCGGUCAUUGACUGGUUGGAUGCCGGGCGUGGUAUCCUCGGGCGUCGGUUCUUUCGAGAGUCCUGUACGCUCAUGCCAAACGGCUCGUACACGAAGGACUUGUCCAUUAUAGAGCAAGAUCUUUCAAGAGUCUGUCUUAUAGACAAUUCUCCCGUUUGCUAUGUCGUCAAUGAAACUAAUGGAAUCCCAAUCGAAGGCUGGACGCAUGACCCACACGACGAGGCAUUACUCGAUCUCCUACCCGUGCUCGACUCGCUGCGGUUUACAAGCGACGUACGACACGUCCUAGGCAUCCGGGGCUUCACCUCAUAG